AAGGGGUAUGUUGCGAAGACGAAAUCGAAGUCAUGGAGAAGAUAAUUUGGAUCAGAGUAUUUACACCAUGUCAAAAGUGCUGUACAAAAUUUCUCUACAAAUAUAGAGUUAGCUGUGAUCAAUGUAAAAAAGCCCACUAUUGCAGCUCUAUAUGUUGGUUUGAAGAUCUAGAUUCACACAAGAAUCAUUGCUUACAAGCAUCCCAAGCCUUAGAUCAAGACUCCUUCCAGAAAUCAAUUGACCUCGAUGGCAAACCAAACACUCCAGAGAAGACUUGCUUUUGUUGUGAACGGAGUUGUGGUGAUGAGUUAUCUUGUUGGAACUGCAGAAAUGUUUUUUAUUGCAGUUCAGUUUGCAAGCAGAAAGACAAUGCAAUACAUUCAACUUAUUGUGGUAAGACUGUUUCUUUUACCUACAUCAAUCAUAUUAUUUUCAAUGGUGAAACUUUUCGGUAUCUUGAAAAGAAAGGACUAACAUCUGAAAGCAGGACGACUCCAGUUCUGCUUAGCAUUGUCCAUGAAAUGUCUCGUGCCAGUGUAAAUUACAUAAGACCUUGGGUAAUUGUACAGAUAGUAAGUCCAUACCCACAGAAUUGGCAGUAUGCUAUUUUGGUGAAGGACUAUACUGGAGAGGAAACUCACAUCAUUUUUCAUGAUGAUAAAAGGACUCAUGCUGCAAUCACUGGCUGUCCGAAUCUGGAUAGACAUGCUCUUAGCAUGGCACCUUUGUCUUCCUGCUUGAAGCCUGGCAACUUCAUCAUCUUAAUGGAUGCUUGGUGGCACAUUUUUCUAGACCGCACCACUGGCAUUCGAAUAGACAAUCUGGAACUGGUUCAUUUUGUUUGGAGGGAUUAGGAGAGAUUGUAGCACAUAGCCGAGUCCUCAGUUAGUAAUCAGAUCACUAUAGUUGUAUUCAAUUUGGGCUUUGUUUUUUAAGAGAAAAGUGGUGAGAGUAUAAUAAGAUUUGACUUUGUAUAACUAGUUUAGCUUAUAAUGGACUGUGAUGACUAUGGUCAUUACCUAAUUAAUGGUAUUAUAAUAUGCUGUUUGUUCAUUGUCAAGUAGGUCUCAACAAUAACCUAAUUCCUUUUAUGUACAUUCUAAUUCUCAUUGUGGGAAUAAUUCAUAAACUACAACAUUUUAGAUUUCACAAUCAACCAAAUGUCUUUCAAUCAAUGUUCUUAUCCUGUUGUUGUUUUUUUCUAAGUUCUGUCGUAUUAUUCUACAUUGAUAUUAAACUCAUCUAUUGAUGGGACUCAUAUUUCUAACCAACACAGAUCUGUUCCCAUUAUCUACCAUGUUGUUUUAAUUAUACUUAAUGAGGCAAGUUGCCUUGUCGUUUUCCUAUUGGCUUGUUAUUGCAGUUUUCCACAAAUGUAUUACUAGGAAUUUGUUUUUUUUUAAUAAAUUUUAUGAUUAAAAAAUGUUCUUUUCCAUAUAUUUUGUGAUAAAAAUGUUUGUUUUUUUAGUCACCAUUAAUGAGUUUAUUAUUAUUUUUUGUGGUAGCAGAAAGGAAAAAUGAAUGAUAUUUUUUACCAAAAGGUGUGAAGGAUUGUGCAUUUGUAAAUUAUUACAUAAAAUAGUGCCACGCAUGGCAUAGGUAAUGAUUUUGUAGUUUGGCUGAUCACUUUGCUAGCUGUGAAAGAUAAUCAAUUUUGAAUAAAUAAAAAUUAUUGUUAAAUUUCAAAAUAUAUAAACAGAAAAUUGAUUGAUAGAGUUUUUAAAAGAUUAUUUUAAAACUAAACAAGCAUUUAGAAUUGUUUUGAUUCAAGUUUUUUUUUUUUUUUACCUUAUUUUCAGUAUGAAAAUUGUUUGCCAAUACUGACAUAUUGUUAAAAAAAAAAGUUCCCCUUUCAGACCUUGCGAUCUAUAGGGCAGAUGAUGUAAAGGUCCACUGUUUACAAGGGUGUCAUUUGCCAGCACAAGGACUAACCAUCUUUACUUUUCCUCAACUAAUGUCAGGUACCCGUUAGAGCUAGGUAGACAAAGAGGCACCCAAAUAUCCAGAAAUUAAAAAUGCCAGUCUUCACCACAAUUUGAUCCCAGGACCCCAGUUCGGAAGCCAAGUGCUUUACCGUUCAGCCACCACGCCUCCAACUGAUAUAUUGAAUCAUAGAUAUAUUGAUGAUGCAUAGUAGUUUCCAUGAGAGAUUCCUAAAGGAUGAAAUAGUUUUCAAAUAGGAUCUUUUUUUUUAGUUCUCCAAAUACAAAUAUAUCAACUUUUACCAUGGACAAAGGAAAUAAGAGAAAAUAAUAUAUUCUUUGAAGUGUCUGCUCAUUUAAUGAACUACAGAAGUAAAACCAAACUAAGUUUUGAACAUUUGCAUUUAUUAUCAUUAUUUUAUAUUGAUUAUUGAUAUU